GCUGGGCGUCCUGUCUUGCCCUGUCCUAUCCUGGCCUGCUGUGCCCUGCCCGGAGGGGACGGGAGAGAACAAGAGGCAACAACAAAGGUUUUGUUACCAUGGUUUCAAAAAGGAAAUUGUCAAAAGUUGAUGAUUCUGGAGAGAGCUGCAAGGCAGAUUUGCCAAAAAUUAAGAAGUCACGGCUUUCUGAUAAGGAAAAUGCCUCUGCCCUCUGUGGAUUGGAGAAUGAGGGAGUCUUUGAAGAGCUCCUUAGGACAGCAGGAAUUGUGCUGAAAGCUGGGGAGGGACAGAAUGAAAUAGCUGUUGAUCAAAUGGCUUUCCAGAAGAAGCUCUGCCUGGCCCUGGAGAAGCACCCUACUUACCCAGGUGUUGUGAAGCAGUUCAUCAGUGGCCUGGAAUCUCACAUCAAGGAUAGGAACCAGUUCAAGAACUGUCUCUUGCCGUGCACUCCUGUACGGACUGAAGGGUCAAGGAAUCUGGUGCACUCAUAUUGCGAAAGCCUCAUUAAACUGCUUCUUGGGAUUAAGAUCUUACAGCCUGCUGUCAUAACGCUGUUAUUGGAAAAGAUUCCUGAAUUCUUUUUUGACAUUGUGGGCACCUUUGGAACAAAUUUCCCCCGGCUCAUCGUCAAUCAGUUCAAGUGGCUUGACAAGCUCCUUGACAGCCAGGAUCUGGUCAAGAAGUUAAUGCAGAUGGUUAGUGUCUCUCCAGUACCAAUCCAGCAUGAUAUUAUCACCAGUUUACCUGAGAUCCUGGAGGAUUCCCAGCAAAGUGAGGUUGCCAGAGAGCUCAGCUGCUUGCUGAAGCAGGGCAGACGGCUGACAGUUCCAAUCCUGGAUGCUCUUUCUCGUCUGGAUCUUGAUGCAGAACUUGUGGCUGAGGUGCGAAAGUCUGCCAUGACCAUUGUGCCAUCUGUAAAACUGGAAGAUUUGCCUGUAGUAGUAAAAUUCAUCCUCCAAAAUGUCAAGGCAGCAGAUGCAGUAGAG